AUGGUCGUUCAGCAAGAGGAAGAGUCAGCAGCACUAGCUGAAAGCCUUGGAGAAGGGAAAGGCAUAAUAUUACGGAAUUAUGGUCUUCUGACUGUUGGCGGAACAGUGGAUGAAGCCGCUUAUCUCUUUUUGCUUAUAGAGAAAAGUUGCAAGAUUCAACUAGCUGCUGAUGCUGCUUCUUCGACUAGUCGCGAAAAGAUGUAUAUUGACGACGAAGCUGCGCGAUUUAUCUAUGAGAACACUAGUGACCCGGAGAGCCUAUUUGCCGAAUUCCAGGGUUAUCUGCAGUGGGAGUCAGCUAUAUCCCAUGACGGAUACAAGGCUCUGUGA